AUGUCUACUGAAUCCAAAAGACCAAUUAUCUUCAUUGUCCUCUGUACACUAUUCAUUGCUGUGUCAUGGUACAUUCUAACGAAUAACAGACGAUUCGCACUGAACAGAAUCCUUGCCUUCCGAUUAUUCGCUUCACCAUUGAUAGAAAAACAAAGCAGAUGGAAAAAGAAUCAACUGGUUGUCAUACCUGCUAUCUGGAAAGAGAUCGACUGGGCCAAUCGUUCAUCAUGGCCUGCUUGGUUACAGAAAGGACUGGAGUCGUCUAACAGUUCGACACCACAGCCUUAUUGNGAAGGCAAUGAAAAUAUAAAAGGGAUGAUUUACUUUUGA